AGCCCAUUAACAAGAAAACUGGCCCGAGAGAUGAAUGCCGGUUCGUCCGUGAAUGAGAAGACACACGUCAGGUCCGUGGAGAGAUGGCGGCUCCACGUCAUCGAACUCUGCCAGUGUGACUUUUUCCUUUCCUAGGAAACAAACAACACACGACAUCAAAAGCCCUUCUUUUUUCCUACGUUAAGUAAAAGCUAACACCACCACCUUUUGACAUCAUCAUCUUAAAACAGAUUCAAAAAGAGGCAACUUUCAGUUUCAGUUUCAGAUUCUGGAAUCCAAACAUAAACACAAGGUUUGUAAAACGAGAGGAAAGGGGGUUUAGGAGUUUAAUGAAAUGGCCUUGUUCCGUAAAUUGUUCUACCGCAAACCUCCAGAUGGCUUGCUCGAGAUAUGCGACAGAGUUUUCGUGUUCGACUGCUGCUUCUCCGACGAUUCUUGGGAAGAAGAAAACUACAAAACUUACAUGUCUGGAGUUGUCAACCAGCUACAGGAGCACUUCCCAGACGCAUCCUCUCUCGUCUUUAACUUCCGUGAAGUGGGCACUCGUAGCGUGAUGGCUGACGUCUUGUCAGAACACGGCUUGACCAUCAUGGACUAUCCUCGCCACUACGAAGGCUGCUCGUUGUUGCCUGUGGAAGUCAUGCACCAUUUUCUUCGCUCGAGUGAAAGCUGGCUCUCCCUCGGCCCAAACAACUUGUUGUUGAUGCACUGCGAGCGAGGGGCUUGGCCGGUUCUAGCUUUCAUGCUGGCUGCUCUUCUUAUUUACCGGAAGCAGUACAGCGGUGAGUACAAGACCUUGGACAUGAUCUGCAAGCAGGCUCCCCGCGAGCUUAUGCAUUUGUUCUCGCCUUUGAACCCGAUUCCUUCUCAGCUUCGGUAUCUGCAGUAUGUGUCGAGAAGGAAUGUGGUCUCUGAAUGGCCUCCCCUGGAUAGGGCACUCACCAUGGAUUGCGUUAUUUUGAGAUGUGUUCCUGAUGUUAGUGGACAAGGAGGGUGUCGCCCAAUCUUCCGAGUAUAUGGUCAGGAUCCUCUUUUUGUUGAUGAUAAAAAGCCUAAGCUUCUGUACUCAACUCCUAAGAAAGGGAAACACCUUAGGAUCUACAAGCAGGCAGAAUGUGAACUAGUCAAGGUUGAUAUCAACUGUCAUGUGCAAGGUGAUAUAGUGAUUGAAUGCCUCAGUUUGAACGAUGACAUGGAGAGAGAGGUCAUGAUGUUUCGAGCGGUUUUCAACACAGCUUUCAUCAGAUCAAAUAUUUUGAUGCUCAACCGUGACGAAGUUGACACAUUGUGGGAUGUAAAAGAACAAUUCCCAAAGGGGUUCAGAGUUGAGCUUCUCUUCUCAGAUAUGGAUACUGCCUCGUCAGUUGAUUCGAUGGAUUUUUCGUGUUUGGAGGAGAAAGAUGGACUUCCAAUAGAGGUUUUUUCCAAAGUCCAUGAUUUCUUCAAUCAAGUUGACUGGGAUGAUCAGACGGAUGCCACUCGCAAUAUGCUUCAGCAUUUAGCUAUUGCAAAUGCUGCCCAGGAAAGACCAGAUGGGAUUUCAAGUCCAAGGCCACAAGGGUUAAGCCCCAAAUAUAUCCAUGAUGUAGUGAAACAGGCAGCAAUUGAGAAUAAUGCAAAACUAAAGUUGUCGUCAAUGUCUGAGGUUGAAACGAUCGACACACCUGAAAAGGGACCUUCCGGUUCAGUCAAGAAGCUUGUAGCAGAAGAUAAGCACUCUGUCCUUCAGAUAAGUAGCCAGGCAAACACCACCAGUAAGGAUGCAACAAAGUUGUCAGGUCAUGAGUCCCCUACUCUCAAGCUUGUGCAUCAUUCUGCAACAGUUAAACCUUUUGUGGAAGCAUCUAACCUUUCUGAAAAUGCUGAGGAGAAUAUCUUGAAUCCUCCUCUGGAAAACAGGAGCACACUGUCACCGCCUCACCCUGCAAGAACGUCGUCGGCUCCAACAGGAGCACCUCCCCCACCUCCUCCAGUUUCAACUGCUGCUUCUCAGCCUACCGAGAAAUUGGAUCACUCUGCUGUCCAACCGGCAGAGACACUUUCACAGGGAAAUGCAUGGGUGUCAUUAGCUGGCUCUACAUUUCAUGGAACAACUCCAAACGAAAAACGUCCCAUAACACUUCCUUCAACAUCUCUUCCCAUUCCUCGUACAUCUGAUGUUCCUACUCAGGAGUCUUCUAAAAUAACAGAACCAUCUUCAGUUCUGACAUCUCCUACAUCAUCAGCUGCUACUCCAGCCAAACCAUCCCAAACUGAGACAUCAGGUUCUUUAUGUCUUGCUGGUUCACCUCCAAUCGGAUCUCCCAAUGACGUAGCUUCACCUCUUGGACAACCGGCCAGGUCACCUCCUUCAAUUUCUAACUCAGACAAAACAGUUGUGUUACCUCGACCACCACCACCACCACCUCCCCCAGCUCCUCCAACACCUCCACGGCUUCCUACCUCUUCUUCCCCUCGUCCUCCUCCUCCUCCCCCAGCUCCUCCAAGGCCUCCUAGCUCUUCUCCUCCUCCCCCCCCUCCAAAGGCACCACCUCCACCACCGUUGGGUCAGAUGAGGUCAGCAUCACCAUCAGCACCACGUCCUCCUCCUCCUCCAAAGUCUGGUACUAGUGUGCCUCCAACACCUGCUUUACCAGCUGGACCUCUUUCAUCAGGAAAAGGGAGAAUGUUACCUGUAAAUUCAAAGAAUAACACAGCCAAAAAGUUGAAGCCAUACCACUGGUUGAAACUGACAAGAGCUGUCAAUGGGAGCUUAUGGGCUGAAACACAAAUGUCUAGCGAAGCUUCGAAGGCUCCUGAGAUUGACAUGACAGAGCUUGAAAGUCUUUUCUCCGCAGCAGCUCCAGAAGGUGCAGGAAAGUUAAAACUAAAUAGCUGUCGUGGACCUAAACCGGAGAAAGUUCAACUGAUUGAACACAGGCGAGCAUACAAUUGCGAGAUUAUGCUUUCAAAAGUGAAAGUACCUCUGCAGGAUUUGAUGCACUCAGUACUUAACCUGGAGGAAUCGGCUCUUGAUGCUGACCAGGUUGAGAACCUAAUUAAGUUUUGUCCAACCAGAGAAGAAAUGGAAUUACUAAAGGGUUACAAUGGUGACAAAGACAAGCUUGGAAAAUGCGAACUGUUCCUCUUAGAGAUGAUGAAAGUCCCACGAGUGGAGACAAAGCUAAGAGUGUUCUCUUUCAAAAUUCAGUUUCGUUCCCAGAUUUCUGAACUCAGGAAUAGUCUAAGCAUUGUCAACUCCGCAGCAGAGCAAGUAAAGAAUUCAGAAAAAUUCAAAAGAAUAAUGCAGACAGUUUUGUCCCUCGGGAACGCCCUAAACCAGGGGACUGCCAGGGGUGCUGCGGUUGGGUUUAAACUGGAUAGUCUGCCAAAACUCAGUGAAACACGGGCACGCAAUAAUCGUAUGACUCUGAUGCAUUAUCUAUGCAAGAUUCUUGCUGAGAAAAUGCCAGAAGUCUUAGAUUUCGCAAAAGAUUUUUCCUCUCUGGAACCUGCAACAAAGAUUCAACUGAAGUUUUUGGCUGAGGAGAUGCAAGCUAUAAACAAGGGACUAGAGAAAAUCGUACAGGAACUGUCCUUGUCCGAAAAUGAUGGCCCAAUUUCACACAAGUUUAACAAGAUAUUGAAGGAGUUCCUUCAUUAUGCGGAAGCAGAAGUAAGGACAUUGGCUUCACUCUAUUCAGGAGUGGGAAGAAACGUUGAUGGCUUAAUUUUCUACUUUGGUGAAGACCCUGCUAAGUGCCCUUUUGAACAAGGGGUGUCGACUCUUCUAAACUUUGUAAGACUGUUCAAUCGUGCGCAUGAAGAAAACGUAAAACAACUCGAAGCUGAAGCUAAGAAGAAGGCUGAAGAGGAGAAAUCAAAAAUAGGUCGGUUAGAUAAAGAAAGCAGGAAGCCCUUAUCCUUGGAGGAACAAGUUAAGAAGGAGAAAGCAAAAAUAGAUCGACUAGAUAAAGAAAGCAGCAAACCCUUGUCCUUGGAUGAACAAGUUAAGAUGGAGAAAGCAAAAAUAAGUGGACUAGAUAAAGAAAGCAGGAAGCCCUUGUCCUUGGAGGAACAAGUUAAGGAGGAGAGAACAAAGAUAAGUGGAUUAGAUCAAGAAAGCAAGAAGCCAUUGUCCCUGGAUGAACAAGUUAGGCAACAGAAAACCAAAAUAAGUGGAUUAGAUAAAGAAACGAAGGAGCCACUGGAGGAGAGAACAGUUGCAUGAAUAACCGCUGCUUUCAUUUUUCUUAGAUGACAAAGGAAAGUCAAUCGAUCGGUGAAGGUGAGGCUGUGUGGCCUAAGGCCAUGGGAUUUUAAGACGCAUGGAGAAGUGGGGUGUUAAGGGCAGCAAUAUUUUAUCUUCUUUUGACUUGUCUACCUAACAACAAAGUUAGCUUGUAAAACAUUGUAAUUAUAAAGCAAUAAACACAAAUACAACA